CGGUGCCCACGGGGCUACCCACUUCCGUCCUGCCCUCUCCGCAGCCCCGUAAUCCGGCCCGAGCGGAAGUGCGCUGACCGCGCGGGUCCCCCACGGCUAAGAGGCGGAAGCGCCCCCCCGCCGCCGCUCCGUCUAGCCCCCCGGAGCCGGGCGCGUCGGGUUCCGGACUGUCCCGGGUGACGUGGCUGCGCGCCGGGGGUGGCUCCGGGCCGGGGGCCUAGUGGCGGGGCCGGGCGAGGCAGAGCCGGGGCGGGGCGCGAGACUGCAGCUGGAUGGCCGGGCCCGCCCGGAGCUCAGCAGCUGCCGCCGCCGCCACCUCUGCCAUCGCUGCCACCGCACGCACCUGGCAUGCCUGGAUGUCCCUGCCUUGGCUGUGGUAUGGCAGGCCAAAGGGCCCUCUUCCUCACUUUGCUUGUCUUGGAGCUUCUGGGAAGGGUCGGAGGUUCUCAGCCAGCCCUCCGGAGCCUGGGGGCUGCGGCUGCCUGUCGCCUGGAUAAUAAAGGAAGCGAGUCCUGGGGGGCUUUGCUGAGUGGGGAGCAACUGGACACCUGGAUCUGCUCCCUCGUGGGCUCUCUCAUGGUUGGGCUCAGUGGGGUUUUCCCCUUGCUGGUCAUUCCCCUGGAGAUGGGGACCAUGCUGCGCUCAGAAGCUGGAGCCUGGCGUCUGAAACAGCUGCUCAGCUUUGCCUUGGGUGGACUCCUGGGCAAUGUGUUUCUGCACCUGCUGCCAGAGGCGUGGGCCUACACGUGUAGCAUCAGUCCCGGUCCCAUUCCAAAUGGCUCCCUUCUAGCCACUGGCUUGGCAUGGCCUGUUAGUGCUCCCCCUGCAGGUGGUGAAGGGCAGAGUCUGCAGCAGCAGCAGCAGCUGGGGCUAUGGGUCAUUGCUGGCUUCCUGACCUUUCUGGCAUUGGAGAAGAUGUUCCUGAAUAGCAAGGAGAAAGAGGGCCCCAGCCAGGCCCUCAGCAAAGACCCCACUGCUGCCGCGCUCAAUGGAGGCCACUGUCUGGCCCAGCCGGCUGCAGAGCCCGGCCUGAGAGCCGUGGUCCGGAACCUCAAAGUCAGUGGCUAUCUCAACCUGCUGGCCAACACCAUAGACAACUUCACUCACGGACUAGCUGUGGCCGCCAGCUUCCUUGUGAGCAAAAAGAUUGGGCUUCUAACCACCAUGGCCAUCCUCCUGCAUGAGAUCCCCCAUGAGGUGGGCGACUUUGCUAUCCUGCUCCGGGCUGGCUUUGACCGAUGGACUGCAGCCAAGCUACAGUUCUCUACAGCCCUGGGGGGCCUCCUGGGGGCCUGCUUUGCCAUCUGUGCACAGUCCCCCAAAGGAAGGGAACAGUGCUCUGGAUCCUGCCCUUUACCUCUGGAGGCUUUCUCUAUAUUGCCCUGGUCAAUGUGUUGCCUGACCUCUUGGAAGAAGAUGACGCGUGUCCACCCUGUCCCAACAGGCACUCCCUGCAGCAGGUGCUGCUGCUCUGCUCCGGCAUUGUGGUGAUGGUGCUGCUUUCGCUCCUCGUUGAAUGACCAUUCCUGACAGACCACUCUGCAUAGCAAGCAAUAAGAGAACCGACUUGUUCUGUCACUUUGUGUGUGAGGCAGAGGGUGGAUGCUCGAGCCAGCCUCUCACUGGACAGAGAGGGUGUGUGGUGUGCAUGUGCAGCCGGAUGUGUGAGAGAGAGAGAGAGACCGACACUGUGAUCCCUGUGUGCAGAGUCCAGAGCCCAGAGUAGCACCUGCCCAGCCACCCCACUGUCAUCUAGCAGCAAGGAAUGACAGCACUGGUGCCAGCACAGACCUCACUUCUUACCCAAAGAAAGCAGCCCAAGAUGCCCAGGGCCACAGAGAACCAGAGUUGUCCCUGCUGGGCCUCUAACCCAAGAGUAAUCAAGAGUCUGAUCAUUCAGGCCCCAAGCACCUUAGAGGCAGAGGCUGCACGAAUUUUCUCUGCUGUCCAUUUCCCCGACCCUUCCUACACCGCCUCGACAGCCAAAGAAAAGGGAGGUGGGCGCUUUGCAGCCCCCCCUCAGCACUGACUCCUACCCCACCCAGCCAUGAGCAGGCAGCCUCUCAAAGGCCUCCUCCUGGGGGGGGGGGCAGCCUGGGCUCAUGCUUCCCAGCAAAUACUCCUGGCCUCACAGGCAGCUCACCACCCCUAACCGCCAAACUGCAGUCUGCAAGGCAGCAGGCAGGUCUCAGGCUAGUCUCCCAGUGCAGCUCCAGGAUGCUGCUGCCAGCACAGGGUCCAGCAGACAUACCCGACAGGGAGAGCCUUGCCGCCCUUCCCUGCUCAGGCCCCAGUCCUUUGGGUUGAGAGGAAGGUGGGGGUGGUGAGGGCUCCACACUGUCAGUGCUCAGGAAUGUGAACUGGGAGAAUGCUGAAGCCAUAAUCCCCAACUGUUUCCCUUGGCUGACGUCCAGGUACUCAGCUGGCCCACUCUCCAGCCAGAUUCCAGCCCUGCUGCUCAACUGUGGGUGUUAGAGGUGGCCACUGAAAAGUCUGCGUGAUUCCAUAGCAGUUAUACUGUGGUUCAUCUUAUCUGUAAAUACCUGUUCUAUAGAUAUAAAUAAAUAUUACCUAGACUG